AUGUCGAGCAGCAGCAGCAGUGGUGUCAAGAGCACUCCGCCAAAGUCAGCUGCGAGCGACCAACAUGUAGACCCAGAUGGUAGCAUUCCAGCAUCUGACAAUCGUCAAGACGGCAAUGAUGAUGGCGCGGCCCCAAAAGCACCUCCAAAGCCCGGCAUCAUGGCCAGGCUGGGCCUUGAUAAAUCAACGCUUCUAAUGAUGUUCAAAGGCGGCGUGGCCCCAACCAUUGCUAUAUCCAUAUUGCAGUCUGCAAGGGUUGCCAAUUAUUACACCACGAUCGGCUAUCUCGUGGGCAUUAUCAGCAUCCUGUCAUUGUCCAUUACUCCCCGCGGCAAAUUCCUGCAGACAUGGGCAUUGAAUAUCAUCUUUGCCUGUCUUGGGGCAGCUGUCGCGCUUCUCGUCAUGUGGUCUGCUCUCCAGGCACGUCUACACACGGAAUCGCGGCCCCUAGAUCCCAGUACCGGUUUGCCCGCCUACAAUUCGAGUCAAUCGGCCGUCUCGGGCGUCUGGCUCUUUGUGCUCAUCUGGUUCGCCAAUAUGAUUCGGUCGGAACACCCGAGCAUAAAGAUACCCGUUAUUAUCUUUUGCAUCUUUAUCAAUAUCAGCUGUACAAGCAGUCCCAACAUUACCACCACCGCCGCCGCCGAGGCUCUGGUCAAGAAGAUUUUGACGACCAUGCUUACGGCUCUGGGCAUUGGCGGCGCGUGCUCCCUCUUGAUCCUGCCCGUGCCCAGCCGCAAGGUGACAUUUGGCCAGAUGCGUGGCCUCAUCAUGCUAAUGCGCGGCGCCAUCAAGCAAGAGAAGCUGUACAUGCAGAGUCUCGAACGUGAGGACAUGUUUGCCAAGCCGCACGAUGUUAGCUCGGCAGUCGACCAUGGCCGGGACAGAAGAGGGAGCAAGUUAAAGCCGUCUGGCGCAGACGCCGAGCCCGUCACCCAGGCCGAGGCCAAGGCGCUCAAGGCGACCAUUAGCCAGAUGCGCGAGCUGGCGGGCAAGGUGCAGGCCGACUUGGAGUUUGCCAAGCGAGAUUUUUCGUGGGGUAAAUUUGAGCCGGCCGAUCUGCAAGUCACGUUUCUCAAGAUUCGCUCGUGCCUGAUUCCCAUAAUCGGCAUGAGCACGCUCAUUGACAUCUUUCAAAGAGUAGCGGAAAGGCGCCACUGGGUCACGGACAGCCGCACGCCCGCCGAGGUGAUAUCCGAGAAGAAGGAGGAGAAGAGGCUCUGGAACGAGGUGAUGCGGCAACUUCACAACCCCUUUGAGGUUCUCUCCGAGAUUGUCGAUCAAGGGCUCGAGCACGCUGCGAUACAGUUGGAAUUACUACCACGACCCAAAGCGGCCAAGAAACGGCAAGAGGACCAGCCAAAUGGGGCCGAGGAUGUCGAGGCAAAAGGGGGUCUUUCGAGACCUGGUGAUGCUGACUUUGGAAGAGGCCUAGAAGAUAAAAUCAAUUCUCUCAAAGACGUGAAAACCAAGGUCCUAAUGGUUUGGGCCAGGGAAAGAGGCUUUGUGCAAGAAAAUGGCGACGAGCCAGAAACCAUACGUUCGGAUUGCCUCAAUAACGACCCCGACGAGAAGCACCGCCGUGAUCAGUCACAGUUGUACUUACUAUUAUACAUUGAGAAACUUAUACAAGAAGCCGCCGAAGCAGUACACAGCCUCGUCAAAUUCGCCGAUGAGAGAGUUGCAAGUGGCAAGAUGGAUAAGAACCGCUUAAUCAUACCGACCUGGAAGAGAUUCAAGAAAUGGACAGCGGCAAUUUUUAAAGGGGAAGAUGCAUCGGGCGAGAAUACGGCGGACUUUUUCGACUCCAACAAUGUCGUAUACAUUGGCGAUGGGUUUGCUGCAAAGAAGGACCCUGAACAUCUUCCCGCUACUAACUUGGUUGAGCGCAUCGGUAACGGAAUAAGAACCGUCAAUCGAUUCUUUGGCUCUCCAGCGUCGUUUUUUGGUAUUCGUGCUGCCUGCGCCACCAUGACUGUGGCCAUUGUUGACUUCAUUGAGCCCACUCAGGCCUUCUUCGUUAAGCAGCGAUUAGUCUGGGCCAUGAUUAUUGUGUCAAUUUCCAUGACCGAGACUUCCGGACAGUCAAUCUUUGGCUUUUUAUGCCGCAUAGCCGGAACAAUUGGUGCAAUGGUUCUGGCCUUGAUUGCUUGGUAUAUCGUUGAUCACAGAGCCCCGGGAGUCAUUGUAUUCUAUGCGCUCUUCAUCAUGUGUAUCCAUUACGGUUUUAUCAAACAUCCCCAGUUCAUGCCUACAUGGAUGAUAUCAAUGGUCACUCUCACUCUCAUCAUUGGCUAUGAGCUGCAGGUUACCAAGAUUGGCAUCGCUGUAGCCGAUAUCUAUGAGUUUGGGCCGUAUCGUUUGGCGACGGUGGCUGGAGGGUGUUUCGUCGCGUUCAUCUGGACCAUUUUCCCCUCUCCCAUUACGGAUCGUACCUGGCUUCGCCGAGAUCUAUCCGCAACCAUGUAUCUUCUCGCACAUUAUGUUACAGCCAUUAAUGAGACGCUCAAAUCUCGACUAAACGACACCGGCGGCGAUCCAGACGUCAAGAAUACUCCGGCGUAUAGGCUAGCAAAGACGCGGCGCCGUCUCUUUGGCAAGCUCCUGUUGUUACUCCCGUCUUUGAACCAACACGCCAAUUUCCAGCGCUACGAGCCAACGAUUGGCGGCAAGUUUCCUCGUCAGACCUACCUUGAUAUCAUCCAGCGUGCGACGCGCAUAACGUCUUAUCUCACCCUCAUGUCGCACUCGGUGACAUGGCAUCAAAACCCGUCCCAAGAAGAUCGUGCCUGGAACCAGGCUCUCUCUGCUUUACUACAGGAUGUCAGCUCGACCAAAGACACGAUAAUUUGCACUCUCGCCCUGGUAUCCAACUCGCUCCUAAACGGACAGCCUCUGCCACCCAAUAUACCCGUGCCGAAACCGUAUGAGCUCACGCGACACCUGCAAAAGAUCAAGGUGCCAGCGCCGUCGGCGGGAACGGGACCGACCAUCAACCUCCUAGACGCAAGCAACAUGGCCGAGAACGGCUACGCCGAGUUCGCCGUGCUCCAGGUCACCAGCGUGCUCGUGUGUGAUGAGCUUGCCGGUAUCGUCAAAGGGGUUGGUAAGCUCGUCGGCGUCGUCGACUUUAGCUUUCGCGUCGAGGGCAGUGUCAGCAGCCUGCCCUCGGGCUCGACCACGGCCGCGGGUACGGAUAGCGAUGCGGACGGGAAAGGAAAAGGAAAACAAGACUAA